AAUUUGACUCGGAUCACAGUUCGCUCGGGGAAAUGAUUCACUGUUAAUUUGUUCACUUGGAAGACACAUAAUGUUUGUAUUCACUCGAGACGAAAACUAAUCAAUUAUGGAAGAUUAUUUGAAGGAGGAAGGCGAGAUUUCAGACGAGGAGAGUUCUCCACACAAUCAUAAAUUUAGGCCACGUAGAAGAGCAAAUUUGAUGUCACCAGAAGUUCUUCGGAACAGGAACAAUAAUUUACCUCACCCUAAAAACAUUGUGCCAUCGUUAUUGAAUAUAGAUACUAGACCUUCUCUUAGUUUUAUCAACCAGCGAAAAACAGCAACACAGGUGACGCCAAGUGGAAAAGGUCAAGAAAGGAAACAUUCCAGUUCAAAAUUAUGGUCAAAUUCAUCAUUGAAAAAUACAACAGAGCAAUCCAAGGUGUCAUCGGAAGAAGAGACUGACAACUUUGCAGAACUUCUGCAGCAGUAUAAAGACAUUCAGGGAAAGCUGGCCUCUUUAAGACAGGAGGAAGAACAACUUGUUAAGAAUGUUGAGCAGAAAAAAGGCACUGAACCCUUGAAACCUGCUGAGGAAAAAGAAUCUGUAAAAAACAACCCAUUGACAGUUGAUCUGACCUCCUCUCCGGUUCUGACAUCUGGCAGUCCCAUUGUUAUAGAUUCCCCCUCCUCCCCAGUUGUGAUAUCAUCUGAUGCUGCAUCCAGCCCUCUACCUGAUCAGGCUGAAAACUACGAUGAUGAAGAACUUGAUGAGUUGGAACUACGUAGGAUUGCUCUGGCGUCUGCUGCUGAGAAAAUGCUGCAAGAUGAAAAGGAUGAUAUGGUUGAGGAAGGAAACCAGUCACAGGAGGCAGAAAAUAGCUCAAAGGAAGCGGUAUCUGGCUCUAGUGCCAAUCAGAGCCAUGCGGAGGGGAAACGGGGGAAGAAUUGUGGAAAUCAAAACAUUGGAAGGGCAGGAACAUCCGAAAAUAAACGGUCAAGGAAAUUGCCUCCUGUGAAUUCUUGGGACAGGGAAUCACGAUGGAGAAAAGAUUAUCAUUCAAGAUUGAGGGCCCGCACUCCAUUAGUGUCAGCAAGACGCACCUCUCUCUCUGCCAGAACAUUGCCCUUUCCAAGCUCCGGAAGGCGAACUUCAGCCUCGACCUUGGAAAGGUCAAGAUCACGGGUUGAAUCAACUACAGAGAGACAGCGUGAAGCUUUUAGGCCUUCAGCCGUGAAAAGGACUGCUAGUAGGGAAUCAAGUAACAAAAGAACGUCUGAGGCUGCCGAUAAAACGAGAGAAAUUCAGAAGAUUUUGACCUUGGACGACCCGAAGGAGCAGGUGGCAAGGUUCCUGUCCUUGAUCAGUAAGGAGGGGGACCAGGUGACGGAGAGUGGGGACAGUGUGAAUGGUGGACCCCCUUUGCCAGCCAAUGACAACUAUGAGGCAGUGGAGAUGGACCUUGACAGUGACCCGGAGUCUCCAGGUGUGGUACCAAUGGCCGAGGAGUUAUUUGAACCAGACUUUUACAAUGCUAUGCAACCAAUGUACCGUACUCAGCAGUCCAGCUAUGAAUAUGAACCCUACGACCCAGAAUGGAGCUGGUCCACGUCAGAAACGGGUUACCAUAGCGACCCAAUGCAAAUGACUGCCGGUCAUCUACCGGUGAACAUGGUGCUAGGCUCUACUUCCAUCCAAGAUCCAAGCUCACAACAGAUCUCUGUUCUUCCUUUAAAUCAAACGUAUUCCCAAGUACAGAGCCAGGACCUAGGAAUGAGUUCAAACUUUGGCAACCUGUAUAUGCAAGAAAGCAACAGUGUAAUGGGGUACAGUGCAUAUGGACUUAAUCUGGGUGUUUUAGCUGGAACUAUGCUAGUGACAGAUAUGCUUCCCCCACCCCCACCACCCCCUCCCCCUCCACUGCCAGAAGAGCCGCCCCCUAACCCCCCCUUGCCCUCGGACUCUCAACCUCCCCUCCCCCCAUCAGGCAUAGAGUUUGCCACCCAAUUUGCUCAAGGCCAGACAUCACAUGACAUUCAAGGCAAUGAACUAGCCAGCUCAUAUCAGUUGGGUCAAAUCCACAGCCACAAUGCACAUAUGUUCUCUAUUCCUGCAAACCACUCUGAUAGUUUGGAACGUGACCACAGUGUAGUGCACCAUAGCAAAAGCCAAUUCGGUAUUACGCAAUCACACCUACAGUUUGUCCACAGGUCUGCAUCAGAACCUCAACUGCUUCCCUCUCAAAACAAUGUGCAAUCAUAUGAGACAAGCUUAGGAUAUUCAGAUCUAACUGGCCCGGGAGUAGUCUAUUCAGAUGCAUAUCUCUCGGAGAAUCAGUUCAAAACUUCUGCUAUUUCCCAGUCAGAAAGUUACAAUAUUUUUCGAGAUAGAAAACCAGUUAAUCCUAGAAAAAGUGAGGCUAACGUCCAAGCAAAAGCCACAAAUGUUACUCGGACAAACGGAACAAUCAAGUCCAAAGCAGUCGCCGAACUCGUUGAAAAAGCAAAUAAGAAGACUAAAGACAUAAAGGAAAAUAACAAAUUUGGGUCUGUAGAUGCAGAAAAUGAUACUGUUAAUAAUCAGAAGGGACUGGAUGAGGAGGCAGUUUUGAGGGCACAGCUGCUUAGAUCCUUGGAGAACAGGAAGAAACAAAAGUUAAUAGAGAGCUACACCAAGUCGGAAAUUCCACCCAGCGUGUCUCGGAGUGAAUCCUCAGUUGUUAGCAGUCUGAGUCGCAGUCAGUCCCCCAGCAUGCCUUCUGUAUCUGUGGUCCCAAAACACAAAAAGCCUGCACAGAACAAGGUCACCCUGGGGAAUUUCCCGAUCCAUCGUCCAGUUAUUAUCCCCCUUGGUGAAGACUCUUCAGAGGAAGAUGAGGAGGAGGAGGAAACAGUGGCGCCACCUGGUGGUAAACCUCACAUGGUGGACUUCCUAGGCGGACUCGACUCCUUCCUGAAGGAAGCGAGGAGAGAUUCAGAGGUGCCUGUGUCAGCAGAUUCCACUGCAGCUGAUAGGGCCGCUGAGCAAGAGGAGGCACUCCUAGCUCUCCAGAAGAGACAGGCCCUGUUAUCCAGGGCACGCAAGUGUGAGAUCACCAUUCAAAAACAAAAUGAAAGCAUAACGCGUGACCAGGCACAGCUGAAAAGCUUGGUGAUACAGGCCUCCAAGUACCUGCAGAAUGUCAAGGUCUCUGAGGUCAAGGUGGCUCAACUCAAGGAGCAGCUUGCCGCCGCUGAAACUGUGGCAACUGCCAACAGGGGCGCCCUGGAGAGGACAAAAACACAGGCUCGAAUAGUCAAGGACAGGCUUGUAAAGAAGAAAACCCUCUAUGAGGAGAUCCAAUCUAGUCUGGAGGAAACCAAGGCUGAGCUGAAUAAGUUUGGCAUCGCAUUGACAACCUUCAAUGGCCAGCCAACGGUUGUCAUCACCUCUCAAGGGUCCCCACUGGCGCACGAUACCAGGAAUAUGGUUACAACUUCCAGUAAUCCCAUUGGUUCAGUGUCACCUCUGAAGGAUUUGAGAGUGGUCACGGCUUCAGGGGGCCUGUCUCUGAUGGCGGAUGGAAAGUCGCCUGUGAAAAGACUUGUACAGCCUAGCAAACAGAGUCUGCACAUGGUAGGGAAGAAUGUUGGCAAAGGCCAAAAACAGAAUAUGUCAAUCACAAUCAAAAACAAGCCAAUCACAAACGUUACACAAAAUAUAGUGGAACUUAAAUCAAAAACGCCAACAUCAAGUGACGAUGAUGCUUCUACCUCGAAAUUUAAAACCUACGAAGAUAAAUUGAAGGAGAAAUUGCGACUCCAGAAAUUAGCUCUGGAAUAUGAGACCAAACUAAAAGAGAUGAAGUUGAAACAAUUACAAGCUCAGAAACGUGGCAUGCUGAAAAAAGUGUUGACACCAAAAAAGUCUAUAUCUGAAAGUACUGCCAACAAUGAAGCACCAAGUAAAAGUGUUCUUAUGUUAGAGAAAAUAGAACUCGGCUCAGAUGCUAUUGAUCUCACAAGCGACGAGGCUGAAGUGCCUUCAACACGUCGAAAGUCACUCCUGGAUUUAAACCCCAGUACAAAACCAAACCUGAACUUGAAGCAGGGUGUGUUACGCACAAAUAUUGCUGAGGAAAAUGUGAAUAAAUUUGAAAUAACCAUUCCAGAAGGCAAGGCAGUGUUGAAGGUCCUGAAAAUGCAGAAAUCCUGGAUUGACGCCAGUUUGAAGCCUGUCCAUCAGCGCCUGUCUCUGAGCCUGGGCAACAGAUUGUACAGAGAUCUGGAGGGAAGGCCACAACAGUUGGCGUCCCUGAGUGCAUACAAAUCGCCUACCUCAUCCUCUGCCAGUCUGUCACAUAGUGAGGCUGCUGCAUGGACCUACAAAAGUCCUCUGCUACAUUUCAAAUCAUAUAGGUUCAGUCCGUAUUUCCGUACAAAAGCGGGUCGACCCCUCUCGUCAAGAAGUGUGUCCCACAAGGUGCUCCCCAAGGUGGUGCUCUGCAGAUAUGAUCUUCUGGGAACGUGCAAUGAUGACAAGUGUAAAGGGCAGCACCAGGCCCACUAUACCAUGAACGACAAGGAAAUACUGCUGGACAUUCUUGCCUAUUGCCCCGCACUUUCAGGAGCCACUAACACUAUGCCUGCCAAAAUAGUGACCAAGCUAAUGGAGGAGUACAUAGACCGGCUACAGAAGCAGAACCAGGGGAGGCUGAAGUUGGAUGAGCUAUGUCUACUUCUCAUCAGCAGAGUCAAUGAGCAUGCCAAGCAUGUGCCGCCACAUACGAUGUUUUACAACAUGCGACUCUUCAGACCCAAGCAAGAUGAGACAAAGUUCAUAAAAACUGCAGACCCUUUGGCUUUCAAGGAUUCCAAACAAGCUGAAGUGUUCAUCCAGCCAACACCAGGGCGCCCAAAGACAGAGGAGGGUGGGUUGUGUGAGGACGACUGUAGAUAUUUCUACGACAGUACCGACUGUGAUGUCACCACCCUGGAGGACACUGUCAUGGCCACGCCCGGCAACCCAGCGCUAUGGUUACAGCUGGCCAAUAGGAAGUUGAAUAAUUCUAAAAGUUCACCAGAGAAGUGUUUGGACGAAGCCUUGAAUGUUUUGGCGCGCGGUUUGGAAGCAAACAAGACUAACAGUGCCCUGUGGGAGCGAUACCUACACCUGUACAGCAGGCACUCAGACUCUGGGGACCUGCUGGACUGGUGCCAAGUGGCCCUGCAUAGUGCUCCAAGCUUCAACAUCUGGUGGAAGUAUCUCCACAGUUUGCAGUCGUACACCGAGCGCAACAUCGUGUGUACAGAGCUGGUGGAUUAUCUGUGUUCAGUCCAGCCUGCGCAAGCCCCGGACCCCUUCACUUCACACCAUCUCCUGGAGACCAUGCUGUACAAGGCACAUCUCAGUGUGCUAGCGGGACAGGCGCAGUAUGCCAGGAACAUACUACAGGGCUACUUUGUGAAGAGUGAAGGCAAACUGUCGUGUCAGCUGAGUCUGACAAUCCAGGACAGAUGCAUUCUCUGGCUGUCCCACAUUCACCUGUUGUCAUGGCACCAGUUGCCUGAAGCCCUUUGGGACCCGCAGGACUGUAUGUCUGGGAAGAUUGUGAACAAGGAGAACCUCAUCCUUCCCUGGUCAAGUUCCCCUGUAGCUGAUAUGUCCGCAAGCCAACAGAUGGCGUUGCUACAGGAAGCUGCCAGUGUCUGUGUUUCUAAGCAACAAGCCAAAAACCCGUCUGCUCUGAAGGAGGGUCUGCUGCUGUAUAAGAACAUGCUCCUGCUUCUGCAAACACAGAACAAGCUGGAGGAGAUGCUGGCGGUGUGUCGCGACCUUCUACAGCAGGACCAAUCCUUGGUGGAUGUGUGGCUCACAGUGGCCGACCUGUACGCAACAAAUGGGGAGGGCGAGGCGGUCCGGCAGGUGUUCAGGGAUGCCAUGGAGGUGAACCCCGUGUCUGCCAAGGUGUUCCACUAUGCAGCAAUGUCUGCCAUUAGAGAGGCCCCAGACCUAGCAGCGAGCUGUUUGGAAAACUGCCCUCAGGGGUUCUUUGAUGUUGAAGGACAUGCACCAGAUCCACUUGCUCUUUACUGUGUUUUGUUGGGGCAGACUGUACCUUUAGGUUUCACCCCACCAAGUCUCAAACCUGGCAUCACUGUAGAAUUCAUCAGCGAACAUAAGGCCAAUUUGUGGCUGAAUUAUUGUUUACUGUUGGAGCUAAGAGGGGACAUUGGCCAUGUAAUUGAAAUGUAUGAGACUGCCCUCUGUACUGUGAAUGGACUGAGGAAUGUUACAAAGAUCUGGAAAGGUUACCUGGGAUACCAAUAUCGACAACUGGCCAAGAGCCCUCAAAAAGUGACGGAUCAGCGCAGGCUGAAUUACCUCCUCCACCGCUGCCUGACCACCACCCCUGUGAGAGAGCCUCUGGGGUACUGGCCUGGAACCACUUGGCUCAACUACAGUUGCCUUGGUAACGUUGUGGACCCGUAUCUGGAGUGCCUUUUGCCAGAGGAGCAGGUUAUAUCCAUGGAGAGACUGGGUCAUCUAAUGCCUAGCAACGUGAACCUGGUUGUCAGAUUAUGUGAAGAGUAUUUGAAGCAAGGCGAUGACCAGCGUGCACUCAGUCUCUGCUAUCCGCUAAUAUUGGACGGAACGAACAACAGACACAUUUGGAAACUAGUGACAGCCUUGGCAGUGAAGCAGAGGUCCCAGUUUCAGGUGAUGAAGUUAUUCCGGAGAGCUGUGCAGGCCAACCCAUUUGAUCUUGAAUUAUGGAAACAUUUCCUGCUAAACCAGCUGGCGUUGGGCCCAUCCGCAAGGGAGACCAUUCAAAGCAUUCUCUCUCACUGUAGCCUUCUUGGGUUGAAUGUUGGAGAGUUGCUGGCCUUGAUUAAGGAUUCAUCUGCCACUGGCACUUGAUUAUUAAGAAUGAGCUUUGAGAUUGAAGGGUCUUGUAAUUUAUUCUUUUAACUUGCAUUAUGUGGAAAAGUAUCCACAAUGGUGAUUGCCUUAAUCAAGGGUAAAACAGACUUUUUUUUACCUUUUUCAAAAUUUUGACUAACUUAUAGUUCACAGGAUAUCAUGAUUUUAAAAAUAACAAGUAUAAAUUAAUUUUGGAAGGUAGCUCAAACAGAUUUUAAUAAUACACACAAUUAUUCAAGCUAAAAACUUGAUAUGACUGGGACUGAAAUUGUCCUAAGAUGGCUGAAAAGUUCAUACAAUCCCAGCAGGUGAUAGAGAUCACCAUUAGGUUUUUGUGGUAAGUAUUUAAGGUAACUCAGUUGUUAACAGUGCAAUAAUCACACUGAGUUAUCUUUCCUUUUUUUGUCAGUGUUGUUGCUUGUACAUUCUUGAUUGUUACUAUAAACUGCAAAAGAAGUUGACAGCUGGUGUGGCCAAGUUUGAACAUGACCACAGUUCAACCCCAUGGUGCUGAAAGUUGGGGAAAGUGGCGAGCUAGAAAACACUGGAAUUCUACACACUAUCAAAAGUUCUAACCCAUGCUGGUUCGGGGAAACAAUGAUUUUAAUUGCACAUAACAAUAUAAUGAUCGAGACAUCGGUGCUUUAUUUCCAUGCUGUUUAGUUCACAUUGAGCACAAAUCAUUUUUUAACUUCAUUUGUAUUUCCUUAUUUUCAUUAUGUUUUGAAUUUGGUCAUGUAUUUAUCAUUUUAUUUCUAAAUAUUAGUAUUAGUAACAAUCAAAUUUAUCAUAUUUUUGCUUAAUUGUUUUGUGAAUACAACAUGUAUUUACAUUAAAGUAAAAUAAAUAUUUUCAAAAAAAUGCUGAUUUAUUUAUAAUAUGAUGAAAUAGAUAUCAUAUAUGGUCAUGCAUUUUAUAUUUAUUUAACAUCCAAACAAAUUCUCAAAUUAAAAGCAACAUUUCUAAGGAAGUUUGCCAGUUCACUGUAAAUUAUUGUGUUAUUAAGUUUAACAUAUGCUGUAUGAUAAUGCGUUAAUACUUUGAUGUGACAUUGUUACUGACUUUCCUUCAAGAAUUUACUCCAUGUAUAAUUAUCUGUUAUUAUUUAUAAAAUAAAUGGUAAAUGUGA